AUCGUUUUAGACUGCAACUGCCUGCAACAGGUAGCCGUCAGUGAUGAGUUGCUGUCAUGGGUCUGUGUCCCAGGAGGAGGUCCGGCCUGGCACAGCACGGGUCCAAGUGAUUGAGUGUAGUAAAUCAGGCCAAAUCAACCCAACUCCUGCCACGAAACCCUGUGAGGACUCUGACACAGCAGUGGGGCUUUACCUCACUCCAGAGAAGCUGGAAUUGCUGUGUGGAACUCGGGACCUGUCUCAAGUGACCUCGCUGGAGAUCUGCGUAGACACACAAGAAAACACACUGGGUAACUUUGGUGCCUACUUGCCCAAGCUGGUGCAACUCAAAAUGAACAACAGCACAAUUAUGUCAGCGAGAGACCUGGGAACCGCCCUCUCCCACCUGCAGGUGCUGUGGAUGUCUCGCUGCUCUCUACAAGACCUAGAUGGCAUUUCUACUUUCUUCUCCCUCAAGGAGCUGUACGUGGCCUAUAACAAUGUGUCCGACCUGAGUCAGGUUGGCAUGCUGGAGAACCUGCAGCUGUUAGAUCUGGAAGGGAAUGAUGUGGACGACCUAAUUCAGGUUCAAUAUCUGGGGUUGUGUGGCAAACUCCAGACACUCAACCUGGAGGGAAACCCUGUGUGUGUGCGCCCAAACCCCACCGCCGUCCAGACGGCAGACUAUAGUUAUCGGGCUGCAGUGAGGGAGUUGGUCCCUCAGCUGUGUUACCUAGACGAUUUAAGGGUGGAGGAGGACAAGCUGAGCUGCGGCAGCGCCAUGGGAGAGGACUGGGCCAUUCUUCGAAACACCAUAAGAGACUGCAGUUUCUCUCAGGCACCUACUGAAGACGAAGAAACAGCAGACAGUGCAUGUCUUUACAGCAGACCUGGGUCAGCCAGGCGCCCUGCUUCCAGCGGCUCCUACGUCUGGCCCCUCUCGUCAGCAGGCUCCAGACCCCAUACUGGCUCCAGACCCAUGUCAGCAAGCAGACCUGCAGUUCUCUCCCCUCCUGGAUCCAGACCUGGAUCUGCAGGCUCAGAUCUAGCAACAGUGGAAGCAGAAACCAGCACCCUGACACAUGGAGCUGGCAAGAUCCUGUUCUGUGGAAACCUAGUCAAGGCUGUCCGAGCAAAGCGAGAAAAGUUGAGGACAGCACCCACCAGGUCUGCUUUCACCCCCCGUGACCUGCCCAUCCAUGUGCCAGAGCACACGUACGACCUUGAGGAGCCUGAUGCGAGAGAACGCGGUGAUGUGUUUGCUGAGCUUAGAGCUUGGAGGGAGCAGCACAGCAGGCGUCUCCAGGUCAUAGAGCAAGAACGAUUGCCACAGGUCCUGGCUAUCCAGCAUAGUGAUAAAGAAGAGGGGGAAGAUGAUAAUGAUGAUGAAGAAGAAGGCUUUGGCUGUAUGAAAAAUGACAGUAGUGGUGAGGAAUAUGAAGCGGAGAAGCGUGGUGACAGCCUAGAUACUGCCUCUCCAGAUUCCUCUUUCCUGUCUCUUUCCCCAGACCCGCAUCACAGAGAGGCCUUAUCCCCCGAAGUGGCUCAGCUGUCCCUGUCCCCAGACGCCACGCUGUCCCCUUCACCCCCUCUCAGCGCCACAGCAGCUACUGGUAAUCGCAAACCACCGGGGAUCCGCGCACGUAGGCUUCGACUCAGCCAGACCAACUCAGAUUAUAUACCUGAUUUCAGCAGAGAAGGGCACUCCCCGGGGACAGGUACAAGCACGGAGCAGACGCUCCAGAGGGUCCAGCAGCUGACCAGGACUAAUGUGCCUCUGUUGCCCCCACCUGCACACAUACCCCGCCCACCUCCAACAAACGCCCUGGGUGGAAGGCUCAUGAAUUCAUGUGCUGAGAUGGACUUACCCAGCAUUCAGUCUGGCAGCAAGCAUCGUCAAACUCCUCAGACAUACAAACCGGUGGACAGACCAGCCAUUACUCGCCCUCACACGGCCAGGGCAGCUCUACAGAAACAUCACCAGCACCACAUACACCAGCCCUGCAGGGGGAGCUCACACCCAGACUGACACCAGAACAGGCAGAUGUUCAGUUGCCUGGCCAGUGAUCAGCAAUGUGACUGUGACAUACCAUUAAGAACAGAGUAGCGGCAUGGAGACCACAAAGGGGUGUUCCCCAUGUUUGCUCGCUCACACCGUGCUUUGAGGUGUGUU